CAACUGCCGGUUCUCAGCAGUACUUUCCUCACGCUCUGACAGCAUGAGGAAAGUACAGCCAAGAAUCGGCAAUUGCAUUUCCCAGUGAUCAGCAUGUCAUUGGACAUGGCUGAUCACGUGGUAAAAGGCCCCUGUGAUUGGCCUUUUACCACAUCGCGUGAUCAGCUGUGUCCGGCACUGAAGAUCAGUGCCUUGAUGAUCGGUGCCCAGCAGUGCCACCCACCAGUGCCGUCCACCUGUGCCCAUCAGUGCCACCCACAAGUGCCCAUCAGUGCCACCCACAAGUGCCCUCAGUGCCCAGCAGUGCCACCCACCUGUGCCAGUGCCACCCACCUG